AUGGAAAUUUAUAUUGUUAAUCAUUAAAUCUUUAUUAUUAUUAUCAUUAGAAAACUUUACACUAAUGGGUUGUCAUAUUCACAAACAACAAAAGCCAAUAAUUUUAUUACCAGAUUUGAAAGACAAAGAAUAUAUAUACCAAAUUAAAACUCAAGGGGCCAGAAAAAUGUAAAUCUACUAAUGGGGGGAAAUUAAUUUAUAGUCAAUAGGUAUGUUCCUGAAAAUAUAAGUUAGUUAAUAGUACUAUUAUGAGAAGAAGAAGUACUACUUAACAAAAUAUUUUCAUUAGCUGAAGAGGUUCCAGAUCUUAGUAAUGAAUAUAUAGUUAUGUUAUUUUAUUGAGAAUUUAAUGAAUUCCUUUAUGAAUUUCAAUAUUUCAAUGUUAGAAAAAAGUUUGGAUAAAAAUAUUCUUCGUUAAUUAUUCAGAAUCACUGAAUAAUAAAUUAUUCAAAGGUUUUACAAUAUAAUUAGAAUUUAUAAAGAGUCUUUAAUAUUGUUUUCAUAUAUUUAAAGAUUAUUUUUCUUUUCAUUAUAAUCAAAGUAAAUUUCUCGUGAUGGUUAUUUGUAUUACUUUUAAAUAUAAAAUAGAUGA